UUCACCUUCCCCCUCUUUUUCUCCUAUAGUGCAUGAAAGGAUUUGUUCCCUCAACCUAAGCACGUUCACCUCAACUUGUGAGGAGCAUCAAAGCAAACUUGUCAAGACAGUGACAGCAAAAGAAGUUUGGGCUGAAGCCUGGUUGGACAGACACAAGAGACUCUGCACCUGCAGUGGAAACCUGUCUCUAUCUAUGAAAAGCUGUUUGUGCUCCGUUAAUGUGGAACCUCAAUCCGAGGCAUAGGUAAGAACUUCUGAUCUCAAACCAGGAUAAAGUCUGAAAGCAUAACAAUGCUUGAGCUGCAGAACAUUGAAGAUGUUGGCAGUUCCUGUCCCCACAUGGAUGUACUUGGUUCUGAUGAGAUGGAGUGCAAGAUCUGCUACGCUGCUUAUAAUCUGGAGAGCUGCAGGCCAAAAGUGCUUGAGUGUUGCCACCGUCUUUGCUCCAACUGCUUGAUUAGGAUCCUGGACCUGGGUGAGUCACCCCCGAACGCCCUGGUGUGUCCAUUCUGUCGUUAUGUCACCAGAUUGCUUGGAGACGCUGUGAGGAAUCUGCCUGAUGACUGCAACCUGGUGGCAAAGCUUGAUCUCCAAAGCAGGAAUCAGAGAAACCUCCUGAUCCACCAGGACUCCACGACAGAGUUGCUCCUCAGCCCAAGGUGCCUGAACUCACUAAUGGGAGCUAACCUUUCUGGCAUGUCCUACACUUCCUCCACCCUCCCCUACUCCACCAUGAGGAGCUCUCCUAACUUUGUAGUCAUCACUCUCAGGGAGUCUCCACCAGCCUCCACACCGACUCGUGACCUCUGCGUCAGUCCUUGCAGACUGAACCAAGACUCAUCCAGUCUGGACUCUUUGGCAUCCAUCUCACAGAGGUUGACUAUGUGGAACUGCACAGCUCUCCUGUGCAAGACCUUGGCCCAGGUUCUGGUGUGGGUUCUGGGGCUCCUGUACUUUAGCUCGCUGCCGAUGGGGAUUUAUCUGCUCAUCAUGCAGAGGACCACAGUUGGGGUGCUGUUGGUAAGCCUGGUGCCUGCUAGCCUCGUCAUGAUUCUGGUCUAUGGGUUCUGUCAGUGCAUCUGCUAUGAGCUAUGGCACUGCUGGCCACCAUAACAGCUCUGAAGGGCCAGACGAUGCACAGCUCACUUUGGAAAUAUGUUAUUGUGGAUGUUUCUGAGCAGCCAACCUUGGAACAUGUAAGAACAUUUGAAAUAAACCAA